GCUCAGCCCCACUCCACCCCCCCGCAGGGCCUGCUGACCCCGCAGUGCCCUCUGCUAGGCGGAGUCCUCCACUUUCUUCCCCGGCCCGCUGUCUCCCUCUACUCCCCGCGGCCCCCGCUGCUCCCAAGGCCGUGGCCCUCGCCUGCACACCGCGCCCAGGCUCCGUGGCUCUCAACUGCGCGCCCCAAGCGCGCCACCCCAUAGCGCCCCCUCUCUCCCUCCUAGACUCCUCCCAGCAUCCCCCUUCUACUCGCUUCAUCUGGCUUUCUGUCCCCCAUGCCCCGCCUCCCGGUGGCCAGGUGUCCUGGGUCCCCAGGACCCCCUCGCCUGAGCUCCUCCUUCAGUCUGGGGCAGCGACAACCCCUGACAAGUUGAAGGUCCCAGAGAGGGGCCUGGGUGGGAGAAGCGGGCCGGUGGCUGCGCCGCGUGCCUUAUGCUGAGGAAGUGCGUGGGGCGCCGCUGACUCCUGAGAGCACACCCUUCCGAGGGGACUCCCCGAUUCCUGGGCUCGGGGCCUGCCGUCUGGCCCCACGUCUGACGUGCGAGGUGUGAGGGCCACGGCUCCCUGGACUUCUGCCGGAACCGGACGCAGUGGGAGGGGUCGCAGGGCGCCCGCGGGGCAGGAAGGAUGCGGGCCGCGCCCACCUCUGAGUCCCCCUCCGCCAGCCUCUUCCCCUGGCCCCAGGGGACCUGAGGCUCCGAACGGACACAAGACCAGGUUAAGGAGAGGGGCCUGGUGGCCUUUCCUCACCCAGUCGCCCUCCUUUGCCCCUGGCCCCCAGCUAGCCCCCACACAAUGAACAGCUUGUUGAAAAUUUGCAUUUUAUGAAAAUCAUGUUGAAAGACAAAGGGGUCUCUCUGUGCUGCCCAGUCCUUCCUCCCUGGCCAUUUGGGAAUUGUCCCCACCCCUGAGGCCAGUCUGGUUCUGGCCUUUCUCUUCCUUGCCUUGGGCAGCUUGGGAGGAGAGUUAGCAAAGGCACAGACCAGAAAGGCCCUGGGCCGCACAGGCACCAAGGAAAAGGGCUGCUCUGGGACUAGACUUCCUCCAAGGACCAAAAAGUUGGGGAGGGUGAGAGACUGGCUUAUCAAGGACCCUGAAGAGACAGGAACCUUUAUCUCUCAUCCUUCUCCUCCAAAAGGACUCCCAACUCUCUCCUUAAGUAUAGUGAGACUUACUGACAAAUUUGAUAUCUAAGAUGUUUUGUCCCAGAAAGCACAAAAUAUAUGGCAAUGGAGAGAGACUCAGGUGUAUCUGGCACAGCUGGUCACCUGCAGCUGAGAUCCACUGCUUGUCCCUUAAACAGCCUGUACCUGAGGAGACCUGUCACCUCUGUUCCCACAUUCUGGCUGGGAUUGCCAGCCCUUCAGGCCAGGGUCCCUGACCCCAGCCCUCCCAAGCCAUGGUCUGUAGCUGAGAAUUAGAUGGAGAGACCCAAUUGGCAGAGGGUCCUCAGAGCACCUUGAUAGGGCUCAGGAUUCCGCUGGAAGAAUCUCAGCCAGAGUCCUGAACAGCAGCGGAAAGUGCUGACGUUGGAGAAGGAGGAUAACCAGACCUUUGGCUUUGAGAUCCAGACUUAUGGCCUUCACCACCGGGAGGAGCAGCGCGUGGAAAUGGUGACCUUUGUCUGCCGAGUUCAUGAGUCUAGCCCUGCCCAGCUGGCUGGGCUCACACCAGGGGACACCAUUGCCAGCGUCAAUGGCCUGAAUGUGGAAGGCAUCCGGCAUCGAGAGAUUGUGGACAUCAUUAAAGCAUCAGGCAACGUUCUCAGAUUGGAAACUCUGUACGGAACGUCAAUUCGGAAGGCGGAACUGGAGGCUCGUCUGCAGUACCUGAAGCAAACCCUGUAUGAGAAGUGGGGAGAGUACAGGUCCCUAAUGGUGCAGGAGCAGCGGCUGGUGCAUGGCCUGGUGGUGAAGGACCCCAGCAUCUACGACACGCUGGAGUCGGUGCGCUCCUGCCUGUAUGGCGCGGGCCUGCUCCCGGGCUCGCUGCCCUUCGGGCCUCUGCUCGCCGUGCCCGGGCGUCCCCGCGGAGGCGCCCGGCGGACCAGGGGCGACACCGACGACGCCGUCUACCACACGUGCUUCUUCGGGGACUCCGAGCCGCCGGCGCUGCCGCCUCUGCCGCCCCCGGCCCGCGCCCUAGGCCCGGGCCCCGCCGAUACCCCUGCUGUGGGGCCGGGCCCCGGGGCGCGGGCCGCGCUGAGCCGCAGCGCCAGUGUGCGGUGCGCGGGCCCCUGCGGGGGCGGAGGCGGGGGCGCGCCAGGCGCGCUCUGGACUGAGGCCCGCGAGCAGGUCCUGUGCGGCCCCGGCCUGCGCAAAACCAAGUACCGCAGCUUCCGCCGGCGGCUGCUCAAGUUCAUCCCCGGACUCAACCGCUCCCUGGAGGAGGAGGAGAGCCAGCUGUAGGGGCGGGGGCGGGCAGGGAGGUAUUUAUUUAUUUAUUCGCAACAGCCAGCGCUGAAAGAGGGGGAGGCCGGGCCAAGAGGACCCCAGGAGCCCAGAGCAGCGGGAGAGGGUCCUUGCGAGCCCCGCCCCUUCUGGUCUGUUCCGGCUGGUGUCUGCUGAGGGAGUGGGGGGCCCAGGCCCUUCCCUUCUCUUUCACUAAGCCACAGUGGGAGCUGGGGGCAGGGGGAAACCCAGGCAAUCGGGGGCCAAAGAUGGGGGUGCUCGCCUACAGUCUCAACUGUAGUGCCUUGUGGGGUAUCCUGGAACACCCUCCCAGCAGGGGGUGGGAACCCUGUCCCACGAAGCCCUCUCCUCAGCUUUACUUGCUCCCCCGCCCUUAGCCUUGGGGAGAAAUGGCCCAUGGUGGGCUGACCCCCCACCCUCCACACACACCGUUCCCUGACCCAGUGGGCCCCGAGGGGCAUCAGGUGCUGGGCCUCCUGCGUCCUGGCCUUGACCCCUAAGGGCUUGGCCCCUCCCAGGGGCUUGUAACUAAGUCGGGUCCUGCCGGGCAGGGGGUCUGUGUUCUGUGCCCCUUGGGGGACAGGAACCGGCAAGUUCAGGUGGGGUGGGGACAGCACAGACUGUUCCACCGUUCUACAUAUUGUUGCUUCUGAACCACAAGCUGUAUAAAAUGGAUGGUUUUUUGCAUC